AUGGAAUGUUGGAGCGGGGACAUUCUGGCAGCUAUCUACUACUUCAACAGACGACCUCAAGGAGGCAGAAAGUACGUGUUCAAGUUCAUCAGACCUCACUUGGCUGGAAGUCCCCCGUCGUUCUGCGAUAAGAAGAUGCUGUCACUCAAUGCCGACCAGGGCAAGGCAGUGGGCGUGAUGGACAGAGCAGCCAGCGGCAGAAGCUCUCGACAGCGAGCCAAGUUAGUCCGCAAGAUCGGAAGGCUCAUGAAUAAACUGGCCGCUGCUGUCAAUCCCGCAGAGGCAGCAAACAUAGAGGAGCAGAAAGACGACCUGACCGGAGAGACGUACGCCGAUCUCGUGGGUCUAACCUCUGGUGGAUCCCAGUACAACUACACAUCAAUCGGUGACGCCGCCAGCGCUCUGGGCAAGGUUUGGGACAGAGCCCCGACAUCACCCCAGUCUGGCAAGCACUACUUGUCGUUCCAACUGGUUGUUGGCGAGAUGUUCGCCAAGCUCAACGAGUUCUCCGGGGACGUCCUCUUCGGCUACAAGGUCUACGGCAACUCCAACGAGGAAAACGACCGAGUAGCAAAUUCAAGGAUCCUCAGUGUUCAUGCCUUCAACAGAAUCUACUGUAAACCUGACCCUGAAAAGCCACAGACUGGCCGCACGGCAUUCACAACUUCGUACCAGACAUUCCUGUUACGCUUCUGCACCACACACAAGAAGUCCUACAGGGACUUGACCAAGGAGAAGAGGACAGAAUUGGGACUCGAUCCAGAUAACUAUGCUGAUGAUGACGGCAAACUCCUCGAGUGGUCGGAUCUUGCAGGAAACUGGAGCUUCUCAUUGCUCAUUCUUGACGAGGUGCACAAUAUCAAAAACCCGGACAAUUUGGCCCAUGAUAUGAUCGCCUACCUCAAGCGUGAUGGCAUCGUGCUGGUGUCGGCCACACCCGGAAGUCAACAAUCCUCGCGACAUUCUGGGUUACCUGCAUCUGGGGUUCCCUCACAUCAAAGCGCCGGAGACCCUCCCCCCCUCCCCCCCGGUUUCAAUCUUCUCGACCUCUUCGUGUGCUCCAACGAUUGGGAGGAGAAGGGCCUCAAUCCCUUCAAGCCGAUAAGCCUCAUUAUGCGUCAAUGGAUGCCGCGAAGGACCAUGUUCACUGAAGCAAAGUAUCCCAACGGCGAGGAACUCAAAGGCGCCGUCAUCAAGACCAUCCAUGUCAAGCUCCCCGAGCCUAAGGACCCCAAUCAGAAGAAGCCGGAGAUGAGCGACUUCGAUGCACCGUCGAUGCGUAUCGAAACAGUCACUUGGCGCAUCCUCCAACUGAUUGUCAACGACUUGCGCAAUGUGCAGAUGAUCCGUCUUGCGGAGCGGAAGAGAGCAAACGAGGAACGAAAAGCUGCGAAGGAAGUCCGCGAGCUACCUCCUGAACAGGAGCCAGAGGAUCCGGAUUGGGACGACCCUACGCCCAUAACACCGCCCAGGACGCGCCAGAACGGCCUCAUGACCCGCCUAAUCCAAAAGAGCGCGGCAGUGAAGGGUGCGGACAACCCGAAGGAGAAUAAGGCCAUAAUGGGCGUCCAGAAGGUCGAGCAGCUGAUUACGGCCGGUAACAACAGUCAAAUACUUGGGACAUUCACGCCCUACUCACCAACAUCUGCAUCGGCUACCAAGGCUUCGACCUCCGAGACUGCUGCUCAAGUCUUCCGUAUCCGCUGCAACCAGCCGGCCAGCCGAUAUCUCAAUGAGGUGCUCGGUCUAGGCCCUAGCGGCUUGCUCAACAACCCGACUCGAGCAGCAGCCAAUGCAUCCAGCCUCAUUGCAAGAUAUGCGAUUAACUGCCCAGAGCAGAUGGGACCUCUGGGAAAUGUCAAGAAGUGGGACAUACUCGCAGCCUGUUGCCGCCUCGCCAAAGGGAGACAUCUCGGCGUGCCUUUCGAACCCAACGAGGUCAAAGAAUACCCCACGGUGAACGCCAACAAUGUGGAGGAUAUAAGAAAGAGCAUUAAGAAGCAGGCACAGGACAUGGAAACAAAGCAAAAACCCGAAAAGAAGGCCGCCACUGCGCUGAUUGAGAAGCAGGCGGAAGACGUCAGCGCAAGCAGACCGCCUCUACCACCUCUGGCGUCAGCCCUCCUAAUAAGAAGCAGAAGUCGACAUGAGUCGAGAGUCCCCCUUCAAUACCACCUCUUUGCUAUAACCCAUCUCUUUGCUGUUACUGAAGACGGUUGUUGUGAUUUGGCCUGCCAGUUUUGCAGCACAACGCGACCGUUGACUUGGCUCAAAGCCAUUAUGCGUAUGCGAGGUACGUCGUAA